GGAGGAGGUCGCCUGAAAGAUGGAAUGACUCUUCCCUGUUGAACGCACGCUGUCUUCUUGCUGGAGCUUGCCUGUGGAAACACUUUAUCCUUUGGGUUGAAGCCACUUUGUGGCAAGUCGAACUCUGUAUCUCUGAAUCCAAAGGCCACCUGACGAGGGAGAGGCAACAGGAUCACGUUAGCCUGACACCACAGCCAAGAUGGUGCUGUCACAGAGGCAACGAGAUGAAUUAAAUCGAGCAAUAGCAGAUUAUCUUCGUUCUAAUGGCUAUGAAGAAGCAUACUCUGUUUUUAAAAAGGAAGCAGAGCUUGAUGUGAAUGAAGAGUUAGAUAAGAAGUAUGCUGGGCUCUUGGAAAAAAAGUGGACAUCAGUUAUAAGAUUACAAAAGAAGGUUAUGGAGUUAGAAUCCAAGCUAAAUGAAGCUAAGGAGGAAUUCACAUCAGGGGGGCCACUUGGCCAGAAACGCGACCCUAAAGAAUGGAUCCCUCGUCCUCCAGAAAAGUAUGCCUUGAGUGGACAUAGAAGUCCGGUCACGAGAGUAAUUUUCCAUCCAGUUUUCAGUGUUAUGGUUUCUGCUUCUGAGGAUGCUACAAUAAAGGUGUGGGAUUAUGAGACGGGUGAUUUUGAACGAACCCUGAAGGGCCACACAGACUCCGUGCAGGAUAUUUCUUUCGACCACAGUGGCAAGCUACUGGCCUCCUGCUCUGCAGACAUGACCAUUAAGCUGUGGGAUUUCCAGGGAUUCGAGUGUAUCAGAACAAUGCAUGGUCACGAUCAUAACGUUUCAUCUGUAGCCAUCAUGCCCAAUGGGGACCAUAUAGUGUCUGCCUCGAGGGAUAAAACCAUCAAAAUGUGGGAAGUUCAAACAGGUUACUGUGUGAAGACUUUCACGGGACAUAGAGAGUGGGUCCGAAUGGUGCGACCUAACCAGGAUGGCACCCUGAUUGCCAGCUGUUCCAAUGACCAGACCGUGCGUGUUUGGGUGGUAGCGACAAAGGAGUGCAAAGCGGAACUCAGAGAACACGAGCAUGUGGUAGAAUGCAUCUCUUGGGCUCCUGAGAGCUCCUAUUCCACCAUAUCGGAGGCGACAGGAUCUGAGACUAAGAAGAGUGGCAAGCCGGGGCCUUUCCUGCUCUCUGGAUCUCGAGACAAGACCAUCAAGAUGUGGGACAUUAGCACUGGCAUGUGCCUUAUGACCCUGGUGGGCCACGACAACUGGGUUCGUGGUGUCCUGUUCCAUUCUGGGGGGAAAUUCAUUUUGAGCUGCGCUGAUGAUAAGACCUUGCGUGUCUGGGACUACAAGAACAAACGGUGCAUGAAAACUCUCAACGCGCACGAACACUUUGUGACCUCGUUGGAUUUCCACAAGACAGCGCCCUAUGUGGUCACUGGCAGCGUAGAUCAAACAGUGAAAGUGUGGGAGUGCCGUUGAUUUGAAUUCACACCUCCCCCUCUCCCCCCCUUCUGGAUGCACUCGGAUGCCAUGGUUACCCAUCGAGCCCUGUUUAAAAUAAAUAUUGUCCUUUCAUGUAAAUUAUUCUGGAUGUAGAUUGAGCUUAUUAAAUGUUACACACAAAAGUAUUCAUGCAUGGUGAAUCCAAAUUGUAUACUGUAAAUUUACAUACGUUGUCUAGAAGUACCAUAGGUUUUAAGAAUACGGGCUGGCAUUGGUCACAUCAGACCUGAGAAGGCAGAAACUGGUUGGUUGAAUUAAGGGCACUUGAAAGAGGGGAGAGCCAAAUCUUCUCGACUCCUGUUUUUCUCUUUUUCGGGUGAUGCCUAUCAAUGGUGGUUCUCAUAUGAGGUGGGGGGGGGGGGGCCUCUUGCAGAAACACCUCUCUCUCCCUUUCUGUGGCAUCACUUAAGCGUGUUUAAGAAAUCGAAUAAACAAGGCUGCAAUUUAGGAUCUUAUGCAAUUAACGGAAACUAAUUAAAAACUGGGGUUUUUUUCUUUGAUAUUUGCCAAAUCAAUAGGAUAAAAAAAAUGUUUGGCUUCCUAUCACGUUUCAAACAAAUGGUUAGUCUGCAAAUUGCAAAAUAGGAAGAGACCUUGAUAUGACGUGAUUGUUUUUAAAACCUGGUCAUUGGAGUUCUCUUGUGUUUUAACACUUGGCACUCAACACUUUCCAUGCAAAAGAUGUUUUAGAGGCCUUCAGUUUUUGUUUGAGUUCACCUCUUAACCUGAGCAGUUAGAUUUCAUCUCCUGGUUGAUGGUGCAGCUGUUGGCCUUGGCUGAGGCUCCUUGGUGAGGGUUGUGUCAUGCCGGUGGUGUCAAAAGCUGUGUCCCCCGUCCUCAAGUAGUCUGUGCAAGUGCCGUGAACUGGGCAACAUUGUGAUGAUUCCCCUUCUGCCUCCCAGGAACCUUAACAGAGCACACGGGUUCCACAUCCUUCUCCAGAAAGCUCUACACAAAAGAGUAAGAGGAACACAGUUGGUGCACGCAGCAGCAUUCACGGCUCAUAAUUUAACAAACAAACUUCAGCACAUCCAUUCCAGUGUAAAAAUAUUUCUUCUAGGAAGAGCCCUCUUUAAAAAAACCCCAAAACCUCUAUUACAAAAGACCAGAAAAUGCCGAAGUGUAUUGAUGGGCAUUUUGGGUCAAAUUUCACUGCAUGUGAUGAAGGCUUCCUGGUCCUUAACAAACCAGGUCUCUUAAAAUCCCUUUGAGGUAGGCAGUGAGCUGCCAGCCUGACAAAAUGUGGAGAUUUUUUUAAAAAAAUUGCUGUUUAUUAAAGGGACUUUUUAAAAUGACUCCUUUUUAAAAGAAGUGUGCAAUAGAAAGGGAACACUUAAAUUUGGCAAGGUUUAAAUGCAUGUCGGCAGUUCACCCGCAAGGUUUUGGAUUUGGCGUCUUGUAUGAAGGGGGUAUGUGUAUGUAGAAUAGCAGACAGCCCAUCUUUUUGGUCAGCAACUGUUCCCCAAGUGGCUCUUACACAUUUGAGGUCUUAACUCUUGUUUUUAAACUGUUUGACUGGAAAUGGAUGGUUGACUUUUUCCUCCUCAAGAAUGUCUGAAUCUAUGACAGGCACAACUUUAACAACCCCUGUUGGCAGCAAUCAGGUAUUUCCAGGCAAGAUGUACUGAUUCUAGUUAUUUUUUAAGGGUUGAGAUAAAUUGUGUGUAUUUCCACAACUAGAGAAGCCGUGGUUCUAUAUUUAACAUUGGAGCUCUCUGCUGUGUUUCUUCUUUCACACCUCAAGCGGCAAUUUUUAUAUUUUAGGAAGUUCAGAAGCCUUUUUACUAACAAGAGAGAGAGAGAGAGAGAGAGAGAGAGCACUCCUUGCUUUGGAUAACUUGUAUGUUAUCCUAAAAUAAACAACACAUUUGGAGGGAUGAUUUUGAGCUGGAUCAGCCGUUGCUUCCCUAGAUUUUUAAAGGGGAAAAGCUGAAUGGAUCAGAGGGGAGAUGGCUAGUCGGGGCUGUGGAGUCAUCUCUUAAAGUCUUCUGCUCCUGUAUGUGUUUUCUUUUUAAAUUGAUUCUCUGGCUGUCCAGUCCUGUAUUGCCUUUUCUGCAUUGAGUCCAAAUGCUUUCUUGGUUUGGUCUGUAAAAGGAAUGGUUGUUGGAAGGUGUCCAGUGGUCUGUGGUUCGGAACACUUUUGUCAUACAAAGAAGGCAUUAUUUAAAUCCAGAAAAGGCGAGGUGUAUGCACCCCAGAUUCCACAGCAAACCACUCCCUGUGGGUCAUCCCCCUUGGAAAGAAGCUGCAGACAGACCCCCCCCCCCCACAAACAUUCCAGUGCCGCGUGAAGGGACACUUGUUGGGGAAAAGUCCUAGAUGCAUCGUUCAUUCUUUCUUUCACUCUCUCUUUUUUUUGGAAAGUGCAAAGUUCUUUGUGGUUUUGACACAAUCUGAAAACUGAUGUCUCAGCACAUCUUGCACUUUACAAUUUUUUUUGUUGUUAAGCAAAAAAAGUUAUAUAUAUAUAAGCCGUCCUGCUUUUGUGUGUGGUGUGACCAAUGAUGUGCCCAGGGCACUAAUAAUUAAAAAAAUAGUUGCUAGCAAGUUGUCAAAGAGCACGGUAGCAUUUUGAAAGUUUUGGCUAUUGCCUCACCAAGCGCCCCCCCAUGUGUCAGCCUCUUGCUGCUUCCCCGUCAACAACUUCGGUUUCUUUGUGAAUUGGAUUGCCCACGACAUCCUUCUUCAGUCACAUUCUCUGUUCUUUUUCCCAAUCAGUCUCUGCCACCAAACUCAUGAACGCUGUUUGAAAGGAAACGGUGGGUCUUGGUUUCAUGGCUAGUCGGGGGUUGAUAAUCCUGAGGAUUGUUUCUUUUUUGGAGUGGAACAUUUAUGGAAUUUGAACAAAGGAAAAAUAAAGGACUCUUAAUAAUUCCGUAUUCCCCAUCCAAUUUAUAUUGAAAGAAUACCCAGCAGACUGUCUAAUGCAGAACUUGUCUUAGUUGUGGAAUGAUGUGUAUAAAACAGGGGAAACUGGCGGGGGGAGGGGGGGGCGGCAAUUCAGCCCAGUUGGCAGAUUCUGGCGGGGUGUCAGCUGGCCUUUCCUUUUCUGUGUCCCUGGAAAUAAACUGCUUUUUCCUGUGCAAAACAUGAUCCCUCCCACCUUUCCAAAUGUCAUUUUCAAGAGUUGGCAAAAUCUUCCCCUUUUUUCUAGAGGGUAUUCUGAGACUGACAUGAACACAGGCAAUCGUCUUUUUCCCCCAUAAGGAAGACGUUGAGAUGGUCGUUGGAGAAAUUGCUCCCCCAGACUAGGAGUUAACUGAAGAUAUUGACACAAUUAAAUUUUAAAAAAAUCAGUAAAGGAAUGUAUAUAAUUUUGCUCUGUGUUUUACAGUAAGAUUCGUUGCUCUCAGACUGUGUAAAACAAAAUUUAUUCAUGUUUUCUGCAUAUUAAAACAAAUCUUAUUGUACCAAUUGGUAAACUAUUAAAUGCAUAUAAAACUA